UUAUGUCUGAGCUCACAGGAGAAGAAGAAUGAACCUUAACUCUUCCUGUUGAAGAGGACAGAGCAGAACACAGAAGUAAAUGUUUAUAUGAUGAUACUAAAAUCGCCCAAUCAGGGAAGGUGACAGUGUCUGGGGCCGAUGUUGACGCUCAGGUGCGUUUUGGGAUCAUCCGCAAAGUUUCUGGUCUCGUUCCCAGCUUUGAGGCACAACACCAGGCUGCAAAACAGCAUGUCCGGCUCACUUCGCCCGCUGGCUGCUGUCUGUCAGGUGACAGCCACCCCUGACAAAGAGGCCAACUUCUCUGCCUGCAAACAGCUGGUGGAGGAAGCCAAGCAGCGAGGGGCCAGCAUGGUCUUCCUGCCUGAGGGCUUUGACUACAUUGGAUCCAGCAGAGAGGAGACACUGGCGCUGUCAGAGAGCCUGGCAGGAGACACGAUCUCCAGAUACACUCAGCUGGCCAGGAAGUUGGAGUUGUGGUUGUCUCUUGGAGGAUUUCAUGAGAGGGGACACGACUGGGAGGCUGACCGACGGAUCUACAACAGUCACGUCAUAAUUAACGACAGAGGUGACAUCGUUUCAGUCUACAGGAAGUCCCACUUGUUCGAUGUGGAGCUGCCAGAAAAAGGCGUGUCCCUCAAAGAAAGCGCUUUCACCAUUCCUGGACCCUCCCUCGUGGCCCCGGUCCAGACUCCAAUCGGAAAGGUGGGCUUGGGCAUCUGCUACGAUCUAAGAUUUCCUGAGUUGUCGGUCGCCCUGCAGAGGCACGGGGCUGAGAUCCUGACAUACCCGUCAGCCUUUACUGUAGCCACAGGAGCUGCUCACUGGGAGGUGUUACUACGUGCCCGGGCAAUUGAGACCCAGUGCUUCGUCCUGGCAGCGGCACAAGUUGGACGCCACCAUGAGAAGCGCUCGUCAUACGGACACGCCCUGGCCGUGGACCCCUGGGGCGAGGUGCUUGGUGACUGCGGGGAGGAGAAGCCAGGUUUGGUGCUUGUGGAGGUGGACCUGGGGAAAGUUAGAAGCACAAGGAGGAACAUGCCGGUCCAGCAGCACCGCAGAGACGAUGCCUUCUACCGCAGCCUGCCUCAAACCUGAGAGGAACGUGGGAGGUGUUUAAUGAUGGAUCCACAAAUCAGGAUGUCUGUAACAGGCGGCAGAAUAAGGUGUCUUUUUUUCACUUCAGACUUCAAGCAUUAAUAGGAGAUCAAAAAGACAUCAUUGUGAGCUCAGAAUCAACAAACCGAGGUGGUGGAAAUUUUUCUUUCCUGUGUGGAAAGAAACCGUCAGUGUUUUUACAUCAGUAGUUGACAGAAAUUGAGGAAGUUCAAAUUAGUUUUCUCUGCUCAUGAUGGAGAAAUCUGAGAUGUAUUGAUUUAAACUCUGAGUCAUCAGUGUAGUAGGUCAUCUUAUUUCCAGUUAUUAAAGCUCACUCAGCCUUUUAGCUCUUCCGAUAAAGAAAAUAAUUCUAAAAUCAUCCCGCGAGUCUGUGACAUUACUCCUUCUCAUCAAUAGGUGGUGCUGUUGGCCAAUAAGAGCACAGGAAGGGAGGAAAGCAAAAUCUUGCAGUAAGAGAAGAUAUUGUGAAAGAUGUGAUGAGAAACAGCGGGGUUAAAACUGAAUUGUCUUUCACAGUUAAUUUAUUAAAAUGUGAAUUAUCUAAAAACACGA